AUGUCAAAGCUCUGCGAAAACUGUGCAAGUUAUUUUCUCAGAUUUCACCACAAAUACAAGUAUUAUGAAUCCUUCUGUCCAAAAUUAUUUCCGGUGAGACUUGCAAUUUCAACUACUAAUAUUCAUCUUUUAGUUCAUUUCAAAAAAGUUUCUGCAUGUCGUUGCCCAAUAUCAGCGUUGUACAUACGUGGCUAAAGACGCUUGCUGGUUAAUGGCUAUAUAUGAGGAAAAAUGGAGGGUCAAAUUUUCAUUUAUGGGUAAGUCAUAGACUAAAAUUUGGACACAAAAAUUUACUUUUUUUUUUAGGUUAUCAGAACGCAUAUACUUAUUUGAAGCACAUUCGACCUCUGAUCAGCCUUUUGAAGUUAUUUUUGACUAUGCGAGAUCAGCAUUCGAAGCUGGUUUACAUCGAUUCCUAUGGCCGAGUGGAAACAAAUCAUAUUCUGAAAGCGUUUUAUAGUAAGUGCACUUUUUCGAACACAAAAAAUAUUUUAGAAGCACGAAUUCCAGUUGUUUUCCGACAUGAUUAUUGCUGCUCGCAAAUAUUUUAUGAUAUGAUUGCUGAUGACUUUGACUAUAAUCCAGAGCGAAUACGAGGAUUCGCGAAGCAAUUACACCCGUUUGCAGCAAGUAGAGACGAUCCUCGGGUAUUUGAAGAGGUGUAUGUUGAAGCAACGGGAGUUGGUGAUUGUACGUUGAUCUUACAUGUGUUCCUAUUUGUUGUGAUGGAUGCUCUGACACAAUGCUUUUAGACUGCAGUUUUGUUCUUGACAUAAAGACGAGACAUCUGAAUAACAUCCUGCUUGAGAACCUUCAUUCGAUUGAUCCGUAAGCCUACCUUAUAGUGAAAAGAAAGAGACCUGUCAAACCGAAAAUUAUGUCAGUCGGUCAGGAAAGUAAUGGCGGCUCUUGGAAUCACCCCUCAUCGUUUGGCGACGACUAGCCGCAGCUGGAAAUUUGGUGCGCGACACUUUUUUCGACGUGACGAAGCAUCGUGCUGCCGCGAGCCGCCAUUAUUUUUCCGACAGACUGAUAACUGCUUCUUUUUAGAUUCCCAAACAUGCCUUAUCUCAAGGUCAUAACUUGUCAAAUCCAGCCCAUCGGGAUCUAUUUUAAUUCCAUUGGCUUCUCUUUUUAUGAGCAACUUGCCAAACGACUGGUUGAAGCGGCUCCAAAUUUGAAACGGCUCAAUUUGAUUUACCACUCACAACUCUACUGCCGAGUAAGUGUUAUUGUACUUACAAUUAGCAGCCGCUGUAAAUUUAUAGGGUGAAGGGAUCAUGGAAGAGGGUGUAAUCGAAGUUUUGACAGCGCUUGGCUAUGCAAUUCGCGGCCUCAAAUUUCAUAUUGAAAAUGUGUUCGUAGAGAAGUUGGUGUUCGAGACUGCAUUUUUUCUGAAUGUAAGAUCCAUUUGCAAAAUUGUUACGUUGAGUUUUUUUGAUUUAUAGCGUUAUGAUCGUGACGCUUUAAGAAGAGCCCGUCGAAAGAUAAAUUCUGCUUCAAGCAUUCCUUCAAUAAUUCGUCAGCACUUCUCCGAGAACGAUGCCAAAGACCUCAAUUUGGACAUUCUGGAUCUGCAAGUUUUAGUCGAUGGACAUUCUUACCCGCGAUUCGUUGAUAAUGCAUUCAAAAUCUGUGGCGGUCUGUAUUUCAAAUACUUGCAUCCGAGAGCAAGAUGA